AUGAAUCAUUACAUGGGAAACACCUAUAAUGGUCCUAAACAUAACGUGUUUGCUCUUAUGACUAUCUUGGCUGUUGCAAAGGCUCUGUGGAUGGUAUUUACUGGUACUCUGUGUUUGAUGAUGCCUCUUGACCGUCUGGGGCUGAUGACAGCCAGAAGAACACCCUCAUCAUUCCUCAUCGCCCCCAAGCCCAUGGCCAGCACUCAGCCCCAGCAUAGCCUGCAGGAGAAGUGCAAACUAGUAACCUCAGAUACUUGGAAGUUGACCAAGGAACUGAUAUUGGAAUCGAAAAGAUUGAGCAUCCAGCAGCUGCAGCUCGUGCGGGGCCCCUACUGGAUCCUGCUGACGGCCCAGGAGCUCACCUUCAUCCACCGGCCCCCAGCAGAUGGGUGGAUGCGGGAGCUGCGGCAUGAGAACAUUGCCACCUUCCUGGGCUUCUUUGUGGCCGCUGGGGUCAGUGCUCUUUUGUUGGAGCACUGUGCCCGGGGCAGCCUGGAAGACCUGCUGCGGAAUGAGGCUCUGCGGCUGGACUGGACUUUGAAGGCCUCCCUGGUGCUGGAUAUGAUCCGUGGGAGAAGGUGUCUGCACCAUCGGCAUGCCCCUCAUGGCUGCCUCAAGUCCCGACACUGUGUGGUGGCUGGAUGCUUUGUGCUGAAGGUCACUGACCACGGUUAUGCAGAGCUCCUGGCCGCUCAGUGGGCUCCCCGCCCCCGGCCAGCCCCGGAAGAGCUGCUGUGGACAGCUCCAGAGCUGCUGCGGGGGCCCGGGGAACCCGGGUGGGGCACCCUCAAAGGAGACACCUUCAGCGUCGGCAUCAUCCCGCAGGAGGUGCUGACUUGGGGCCCGCACUAUGGUUCCCCAGGGCUCUCAGCGGAAGAAAUCAUCAGGAAGGUGGUGUCUCCCCCUCGCCUGUGCCGGCCACUGGUGUCUCCUGACCACGGGCCACCUGAGUGCAUCCAGCUGAUGGAGCAGUGCUGGGAGGAGGACAGACCCAACCUGGACCAGAUCUAUACCCAGUUCAAAAGCAUCAAGCAAGGCAAGAAGACCAGUGUUGCUGACUCUAUGCUGCGGAUGCUGGAGAAGUAUUCCCAGAACCUGGAGGACCUGAUCCAGGAGUGGACUGAGGAGCUGGGGUUGGAGAGACAGAAGAUGGAAAGGUUGCUCUCUCAGAUGCUCCUGCCGUCUAUGGCUGAAGCUCUGAAAAGGGGGGCGACUGUGGAGCCAGAGUACUUUGACCAGGUUACCAUAUACUUCAGUGACACUGUAGGCUUUACCACCAUCUCAGCCCUGAGUGAGCCCAUUGAGGUGGUGGGCUUGCUCAAUUACCUCUACACACUGUUUGAUGCUGUUCUGGGCAACCAUGAUGUGUAUAAGGUGGAGACCAUCGGGGAUGCCUAAAUGGUGGCAACAGGGCUGCCCCAGCGCAACAGGAGCCAGCAUGCAGCUGAGAUCACCAACAUGGCCUUGGACAUCCUCAGCUCUGUGGGCGACUUCCGGAUGAGGCAUGUGCCCGUGCCCAUUCGUGUCAGGGCUGGACUGCAUUCAGAGCCCUGCAUGGCAGGGGUUGUGGGUCUCACCAUGUCUCAGUACUGCCUCUCUGGGGACACAGUUAACACCGCAUCCCGGAUGGAGUCUACAGGGAUACCAUACAGAAUUCAUGUCUGCAUAAGCACCGCCCAGACACUGCUCAGCCUGGAUGAAGGCUACAGAAUUGAUAUCAGAGGCCAGACUGAGCUAAAGGGGAGGGGCUUCAAGGAGACCUACUGGCUGGUGGGGAAGGCGGGCUUCCCCAGACGCCUCCCCACACCUCUGGACAUCAAACCUCGGAACCAGCUUGUGUUCACAGAAAGGCCCCCAGACAGCCCUGGGUCCUUCAACUUUGCAGACGAUUUGCCGGGAGAGGACCGGGCUCGGGACCGGCUGUGUGCCGUGGGGCAGGUCCCUGACCUCCCUGGCCUUCCCGUGGGCCACAGCAGCGCCAGCUUACCCACCCCCAGGAGAACAUCUGCGGCCCCCUCACCCUGUUCAGUCCCUCUGGGUCCUCUACUCCAGCUGCCGUCCUCUGACCUCACAGCCGUCGGGCCUCCGCCCCACUUCUGCCUCCGUGGGCAGCCAGCCCUCUCAGAAGGCCCGUCUGCCGACGCUGACUGCACUUCCUCAUCUUCCUCUCCUGCCGGCCCUCGCAGCCUGACUUCCACCACCACUCACCCAGAAGGCUCUGUGAGGUCACCGGUGCCCUCUACCCAUGUCACCAGCUCCGUGGGCAGUUUUAGUUACCGGCCUCUUCCCAGAAAGGUUCUCCAAGGCCUCCUCGGCGCCCUGGCUGUGCUUCCCCACCUCCAACUCCUCCCCCCAGGGCUCCCCGGCAGCUCUUCUCCUCUCCCCAGCUCUUCCUUGCUGGGGCUGCACAGGGCUCCUCCCCCGGGCAUCCCUUCCUAUCCUGACGCCUCAGCCCCAGACCCCCUCAAUAGUUCUCUGGCAGCCGGGCCUCCACCAGAGUUCUCUCCUUGUGGGUGGCCUCGCCACCCUGUCAGAAAGCUGGACACGGUCCUGGAGUCAGCACGUCCUGGAGCUCUGCUCCCAUCACAGCCCGAAGCUGACGACUUCUCCAUCACGCCCGCUCUCCCGGUCACCGUGGGGCUCUCGCCAUUUCCCCUCACCCACCUCCGCCCGGCAGCCAGAGCACUCUUUCACUAA